UGCUUGACUUUGUUUCGCUUCACGCUCAUGUGUGUCGCGCGGUGAGGCUCUGCAAAGAUUGGUCGCGGUCUCUUCGUAUCUGCCAGUGCUAGCCAGUGUCCGUGUCAGUCACAGACAGUGACAAGCGUCGCGCGUUGAGGUCGGACAGCCAGAGACAGAACACCAGCUAUGGAUGCCCAUGAUGAUUUCUAUUUGGCAGCUGCAGUGCUUGGUUUUGUCUUCAUGUUUGCUUUUGUGCUCUUGCACUUCUUAGAGCUUGUUUGCAACGCGUUGCAGCCUCAUUCUCGUUAUCCACCACGUUCUGUCACGCAGUUUACCACGCCUUUCUAUCUCUUCUCUCUUCUCUUUUCAUGCCUACACUGUGCGCCAGCGCGUCUUAAACUCACUUCAUCUAUUUGGAGUUCUGUGUUACCGUGUGGCUUUAUUGCCCAGCUUUCCACAUCUCCAAACACCUAGAUACUGCACUCCAACAACUCAUCAUCAUGGCUCCGCGCCGUUCACGAGCAGCACCCGUCAGAGUGACACUUAGAACAAACGCUAACUCCUUGGAGCGCAAAAUCAAAGUUGUCACCGAGCAACAUGUCAUCGACAAGCCGUCGCCCGUAGAGGCGUUUCCCAUGCGAGAAUGGAGCUUGAAGGUCUUCCUGCUAGAUGAGGAUGGCAAUGAGCGCCCCGCAGAUGUCUUCACCAAGGUCGUCUAUAAUCUACAUCCUACCUUUGAUAAUCCCGUUCAGAGCUUCCAAAAAGCACCCUUCACGUGUAAGAACGAGGGAUGGGGCGAGUUCGAGAUUUCCAUCGACUGUUACACCACGGAGAAGACCAAGCUAGCGCCUAUCAUUCAUGAUCUCAACUUCCAACAGGAACGAUAUGAGCAGACGCAUACCGUGGUCUUCAAAAACCCUUCACAGAACUUACAGGAGCGCUUGCGCGAAACUGGUCCUCUUCCCACCGAUGACGACCAUAGGCCCAAGAAGAAGGGAAUUGCGACCAAGAAAAGCUCCCAGAAGUACGACUACGAGAAGAUUGCAGAGUCCCUGGAAAAGCUCGAGGAGGAGGAUCUGCUGCGGGUAAUUCAGAUCAUCAACGAAAACAAGGGACCAGACACGUACAUUAGAAGUGAUGUGGAAGUGGAUGACUUGGUUAAAGCCGGAGAGUUCUCGAUUGAUCUCUACACUAUGCCGGAUGGCUUGACGUCGAAGCUUUGGGAACACCUUUCCAAGAAAGGCCUUGUCGGCUAG